CCAAUGGGCUGGGACGGCCGGACCAGGGAAGGCGGGGCCAGGGGGGUAGAUUGAUCGCGGCGGCGGCAUCGGCGUUGUUCAGUCUGAGCGAGAACGUUCCAGAGGUCGCCGGGCUCCCAGGUGCCGAAGGGUGUUGCCUCCCCCCGGACGUCGCUGGGACCGCCCCCCCUUCCCCCCCGCUGGUCGGCGGCGGCACCUGGCUCGGGCCGCUCCUCCCGCUCCGCCUCCUCCUCCUCCUCUUUCCUCCUCCUCUUCCCUUCCACUUCCUCCGCCUCUUGCUGCUGCUCGGACUCUUGUUUAUACCGCGCCUCAGACACUUCAUCCCAGUCCCGGGCGAGCAGCGUUGGGUUUAUGUCUUUAUUUGACGAAAACGAGCUGUUGCGCAGCCAUUGGUACCUGUAUUGGGGAAAUAUAGCAUACAAGCAAGACGCUUACAGCCUCUGUGGCAAAAACUUUUUCAUGUCAGAGACCGAGAACUCUUGCAGUCGUUUAUGUCAUCCCUUCUUCUCCAGACAGAAGAUACCAAAAAGUUGCAAUCAAAGAUCUCUUCAUCUUAUUGAUAAAACUACUGCUAAUAAGCCAAAAUGUCCGUCAACGUCAACCGAAGCGUUUCAGAUCAGUUCUAUCGCUACAAAAUGCCCCGUCUGAUUGCUAAGGUUGAGGGCAAAGGAAAUGGAAUAAAGACAGUUAUAGUCAACAUGGUUGACGUUGCAAAGGCGCUUAAUCGGCCUCCAACGUAUCCCACCAAAUAUUUUGGUUGUGAGCUGGGAGCACAGACCCAGUUUGAUGUUAAGAAUGACCGUUACAUUGUCAAUGGAUCUCAUGAGGCGAAUAAGCUGCAAGACAUGUUGGAUGGAUUCAUUAAAAAAUUUGUUCUCUGUCCCGAGUGUGAGAAUCCUGAAACUGAACUGCAUGUCAAUCCUAAGAAACAAACAAUAGGUAACUCUUGCAAAGCCUGUGGCUAUCGAGGCAUGCUUGAUACAAACCAUAAACUCUGCACAUUCAUUCUCAAGAACCCACCUGAGAAUAGUGACAGUGUUACGGGAAAAAAAGAAAAAGAAAAGAAAAAUAGAAAGGGCAAAGACAAAGAAAAUGGUUCUGUGUCCAGCAAUGAGACAACACCACCACCACCACCCCCCAAUGAACUUAACCCUCCACAUGCUGUGGAAGAUGAUGAGGAUGAAGAUUGGGGAGAGGACACAACCGAAGAAGCUCAAAGGCGCAGAAUGGAUGAAAUUAGUGAUCAUGCAAAAGUUCUGACACUUAGUGAUGACUUAGAAAGGACAGUUGAAGAAAGAGUCAAUAUUUUGUUCGACUUUGUGAAGAAAAAGAAAGAGGAAGGUAUCAUUGAUACUUCUGACAAAGAAAUUGUUGCAGAAGCAGAAAGACUGGAUGUAAAAGCUAUGGGCCCUCUCGUUUUGACUGAGGUUCUUUUUAAUGAGAAGAUUCGAGAACAAAUUAAGAAGUAUAGACGUCAUUUUCUACGAUUCUGUCACAAUAACAAAAAAGCUCAGAGAUACCUUCUUCAUGGUUUGGAGUGUGUGGUAGCUAUGCAUCAAGCUCAGCUCAUCUCCAAAAUUCCGCAUAUCUUGAAGGAAAUGUAUGAUGCAGACCUUUUGGAAGAAGAGGUCAUCAUUAGCUGGUCAGAAAAGGCCUCUAAGAAAUACGUCUCAAAGGAACUUGCCAAAGAGAUUCGUGUCAAAGCGGAGCCCUUUAUAAAAUGGCUAAAGGAAGCAGAAGAAGAAUCUUCUGGUGGAGAAGAGGAAGAUGAAGAUGAAAAUAUUGAGGUGGUGUAUUCUAAGACUGCCAGCGUACCUAAAGUUGAAACUGUGAAGUCUGCUGAUAACAAGGAUGAUGACAUUGAUAUUGAUGCCAUUUAAAACAGUGCAACCGAGCUUACAGUGUAAUGCUUCGAAUUUCUCUGCAUUUUCAGCCAGAAGUGCAACAUGUAUGUGCAGAAGCUAAAAUGGCUUAACAUCAUGCUACACUUUGUACUCAAAAUGUCUUUUUACUGUGAGUGGUCUUCUGUAUGUAACUAAGCCCAGUGAGACAUCUAGGGAGUCCAUAUACAUCAGUGCCCAGGUUUAGUUUGCUUAUUUAUAGCAUGUUAAUUUGGGGAAAAAACUAGUGAUGGACACAUUUGAAUUACGUUUAUUUAGCUGUAAAAAUAAAAAUUUGUUUUUGGUCAUUCUUCAGUUUGUUACUUUGAAUGACUUGAGCCUAAAAUGACACUGACUUCAGUGUCUCAGCCAGCUUAAGAGGGAGGAAGGGAAAAGGUUUCUGUGAUCUUGAGAGCUUAAUUAGAUUUGAUAUUUCUUGGAAGGCUUCAUCUAGUGGAAAAGUUGAUACUUUGAUAUUAAUCUUGGUUAGCAAUAUGUGCAGAAAGUAAAAUUCCUCUCUUUCUAACCCUUCAAAUUUGGCAUCUGAAAUUGUUCCUUAGAAUAGCAAAUGCCACCGUAAAAAUGAUGGGAUAACACCUUGUUUCACUGAAAGUUGUGAGGAUAUAAGUGUAAACAAAAGUUGAAAGGUUUUUUUUCUUAACUUGAACUGUGCAAAUUUAUGUAUGUUUGCUCCAUAGUGUCAUUGAGUUUUAGUGCAAUGUACAUGUGGGCUAAGCUGAGAAUCCUUCCAUAUUAAUAGAAAUGGAGUAUUUUCUGUAUGUGUAGCAAUUCUGCUGAGUGAAAUUUCAAACUUUUUGGAUGUGAUUAAAUAGGUUGACCUAUAACAGCCAAAUCGAUUUAUUUUAGGGAAAACAGGGAGAAGAUGUGCACUCAUAUAAAACAGUGAACAUCGCUGAGAAUUUUUCAGCCUUGACCUUGAUAGUCUAGAUCCCAACUUCAAAAUGUUUGGGCAUUUAUUAUACCUUUUCAGUGUGCUACUUGCCCUGAUGUUUUGGUUUGAUAUCUUUCAUGCCUUUUUACAUUGAUAUAGCUUGUGCUGUUUGGAACUUGGGCACUAUCUUGCCAAAAUUUUUAAGAAGUGUUAAUAUGUCUAACUUGAUUUUUCUAAACAUUCUUAUUUAAAAAGACUGAAAUAAAGCUAAAAGCGUACUUUAUAAGUCAGAACCUGUAAUGCAGAGUGUGACUUGGUAUAUUUUUUAUUUUACAGUGACAAUAGCCUGAUACUCACAGAAUUGUUUGUGAUGAGUGUUAAGGGUUCUGCAGGUGGGGGUGGUCCCAGCCCAGAUUUUCACAAGAGUUUGACUCUGUAGUUUCCAGAUUUAAAACUUCUGGCCCAGACUUUGAAAUAGUUCAAAACAACCAUCUUUGUAAAGGGAUUUUCAAUCUUGAAAACAUAAGAGAAUACUGGAAAUUGAGAAUUCAUUGCUAAAAGGUAGAAUCUUUCUAGGCUUUUUCUUUGGAUUGGGAAAAAAUCCAACUGACUGACCUCACAGAUGUAAAAUAAACUAGUAUCCAAAAUUAUUGUGAAAGCCAGAAUUUCUUUGUCAGAAAACCUUUGAAAUUGAAAUGCACAGGCUGUGAGACAGGAUUGUGACAUAGGGAAUCACUUAAAACAACAAGCUUACAAAGGUUCUUUAAAUCUUUUAAAAGUAUAAAGAAAAACAUUUCAGUUUUUGAAACACUAAGUAACGGGAAAUCUUGUACACUGGACCAAUGUGAAAUCUGAAGGGAUCAAAAUGUAACUAAAUUUGAAGCUUCAAGAAAAUAAAAUAUUCACAAAGGUUAUCCUAAAGAGCAGUUGUAUGCUUCGCUCUCUACCGCUGUCUUUAAACUUUUCCUGUUUUCUUCUAUUCUACAUUACUUGAUUAUUAAAAGAUUAAUAUUGA